AUGGGGCUGCUCCCCCACAUCGCGACCGCCUCCUUCGGCGCGGCGCCGCAGGCGGCCGUGCUCGUCGGGGCGCUGCUCGGCCUCGCCGCGUCGGCGGCGCUCCUGCUCUACAUCUUCGUGUUCAGGGGCCUGAUCGGGCAGCUCUGGAACGCCUUCGCAAGCCGGCUCCAGUUGUCGGACCCUGCCAUGAAAGAGGAGAUACUGAAGAGGCUCAGCAGCGAGCGUCUGCACCACGCCUGCUGCAUGAACAUCUUCGUCACGGGGUGGUGCUGCACAAAGAUCGCCAUCGUGGUCGCGAACAUCCUCUCGGGAGCCGCUCGGUGGCAGACCUUCUGGCAAGACGCCCUACUGAUAUUUGCGACUUUUGCUUGCGUCCUCAGCCACGUGGCCAUCCAGCAGAGGCAGCGCAGCUCGACGGUCACCGCGGUGUACGUGACCUUCAUGAUCUGGCAGACACUUUUCAUGAGUUCUGGCCCCGCCGAGCAGCUGCCCUUCGUUGCCGCGGCGGGCUUCUCGGUCCUCAUCCGCGGGCUGUGGAGCCUCGUGUGCAUGAACUGGCCCUUGGUGGGGUGCCUCACAGCGCUCCACUUCGUCUGCGUGUGCGCCGGCUUCGCGCGCACGGCGGCCUCCUGCACCAAUGACGGCCAGGUGGAGAACGUAGAUGUGGUCAAAGUGUUUGUCGGCGGCGAGCUGGUCGGGGACAUCACGAUACUCGUGUUCGCCCCGUUGUGGCGGCACUUUUCCUGCCUGCGGAUUCUCCACGAGAUCCAGGCGUCCAUCUCGCAGAGCGAGAACGAGGCCGCGAGGAGCCUUCUCAACAUCGUGUGCGACGCCACUGUGGAGCUUGAUGGGAAUCUGCAGAUCAUGGACGAGACUUCCCGCCUCGCGAGCCUCCUGCAGCACGGCUGCGACCGGUCUUUGAAGGGCGUAAGCAUCCUUCAGUUCGUCGUGGAGGAGGACCACCAUAUGUUUACCGACCGCAUGAGCUCUGCUGGCGACGAGUCUGUGGCGAACUUGUUCCACGCGCGCGUGCGCGACGGCAUCAGCAACGUCCUUAAGAUGGAGAUCUUCCACGUCCCGGUCACUGGCUGCCGCCUGAGGGCCGACUCCCACCUGAUCGGGGUGCGCGAGUUCGCCGACGUCACGGAGGGCGUGGGCACGCUGUGGGACGGCAAGCGGGGGCCCACGGGCCAGCUUGUGCGCGCCAGCGAUGCGCCGGACCCCCCGAACGCGCGCAGCGAGAGCGCGGGGCCCUGGUCCUCGACGUCCUCGGAGUCGUCUUCAGGCAGCCGCUCCUCUCGUUGCCAGGGCGAGCUCGUCGCAUGCAUCGACGUGGUCUCCCCGCGCUGGGAGAUCAAGCACUUCGCCCCGAGCUUGGGGCUCUUCCUCGGCGCCGUCCCCCACCGCAGGGCGCGCGAGCUGCUGAGGUGGAUCAAGCCCGAGGACAGGGGCUCCCUGAUCGGGUGGGUGCAGGACGCGUACCAGGAUAUGCGGGCCCAGCGGGACGAGGGGCGCGCAGACGUGCGGGCCGCGAGGAGCUUCCCCGCGGGCCCCGUGUGUUUCCGGCCCCCCGCGGUCUGGCACGUCAAGGCGAAGCUCGCGUACGCGGCCAGCAUCACACUCGCCUUGCCCGACGAGCGUGAUGACCAGAGCUCGAUGGCGCGGCUCAUCUUCUCGGACGUCUGGGUGGUCCAGCAGAGCAGCACCCUGCACGAGCUGUGA